UCCGGGUCGGACAGCGCCUUCAAGAAGAAGAAAAAAGCGAUUAAGCGACUCUUCUUUUUUUUUGUCCGUAUGAGUAAAGCUAGCACUCUCAUAAAACCUUAUUUAAAAAAGUUUAUUCUACAAACUCAUCCUGAUUUCUUUCAGUUUGAAAAAGUAAAGAAGCAAACAAAUGCUGCUUCUCUUCAAAGAUUAAACAAUCUACUUCAAUCAAAGAGUUCAACAAAAGAAACGUCUAGAUUACAGUUCUUUACUAAACAGACAAGACAGCCUAUCUCGAUUGAAUUUGACUCAAAGGGGACAGAAUGGGAUCAUGUCAAUUCAUUUUUAUCUCUCUGUCAAAAACUGAAUAUAUCUAUUUUACCAUCAGACAUGGAUAUUGUUCAAACCGAGUUAAAUAAACAACAAAGUAGUAAGAGACCAAAGAAGACAUUAGCACAGGAGUUUGCAGAUGAAUUAUAUAAACAGCAACGCGUCAAUCCUAUUGACUGGACGACGACUGACAUAUUAAACAAUCCAUUAAUUCAAUUUGAUCCAAGUGUCAACAAGAAAAGAGUGGCUGCAAGGUUAUGUAAAUGGCUACCUUAUUUACAACCAGAUCGUUGGUGGAAUAAGAUACCAUUAAUGAUCAUUUCUCCAGAAAAUGAGAUACCAAAGGAAUUGUCUGGGGGAAUCAUGGUCGUUUAUAGCGAUAUGAAGUUAGAGGACAUGCAAAAGUGUAUCAACCAACAAUUAGACACUGUAAGAAUGCAAUAAUAUCUAGACAAACAAGGUAUUGGUAGUCGCUCUUAAAGCGUAUACCAUAGAAACUGUGAUCCACUUCAAAGGCUUGAGACUAAAGCCGUGCAAUACGUGACUUUCAAACUAUCUCGUAAAUUUCAUGGCUUUCAAUCACUAUUUUUUUUUUUUUUUUUUUUU